CUAUUUGAGAUUCUUCCUUUUAAUGAAUUUUGAUUGUUAGAAUUAAUUUUUAGGUGAAUUUUGCUUUUUUUCCUAAUUUAGGUCAUCUGAACAAUGGAAGUUAAUGUUUAGCGGUCAAAUUUUUUCGCUCUUCUUUUUUUUCUGUGUUAUUAUUUGUCAUUGAUUCAGUGAAAUUAUUGAAGAUUUAAAUGUGUCAAUAUAAUCAUGGAUUGAUUUAUAUUUUUCCAUGAUUUAAUUGAUUUAUUAUCAAAAUGUUGAGAUACUAAUCAGUUAGAUCUGAUGCAAUCUCCAACAAUUGUGAUUGCUAAGGCGACACUGUCUUGUUUGUUUGUUACCAGAACGUUUUUGUUUCCAUCAUUUCAUUUUCUCAAAUAAUUGUGUUAAUUGUUUUUAUAUCAAUUUUUAUUAAGUGAUAAGAACAAAAUUAUCCUUGUAAUUAGUUACUAAUGCAAAAAGCAAUUAGCUUUGGAAAAUAUAAAUUGAUCAAAAUUGGAUCCAUCGUCUUGGUUGUUGGAGGUGGACUGGCAGGAACCAAGAGAUAUUUGAAAAAAGAGGAUGUCCGAAAAUCAUCAUCACCACCAACAUCCAACGAGGAAGAUUAUAUUUACUUGGCUCCAUUGGUUGAAGGCUAUGAUGUUGACGAGAGCGAGAAAAGAUUGCGAAAAAGUCUUAAUUACUUGAGAUUUGGACGGUCAAACAACCCUAAAUUGAGAAACUUUAGCCUCAACAAUUUAGCUAAAAUGAAAUCUCUUUUAGAUUAUCAUUGUCAACGAAUUGCAAUGUUAUGUGAUUAUCAAAUUAGCGUAGCUUUGGCCCGAAUUAAAGAUGUCGAUUUGCGAUUAUUUAGGCCACCAUUGAACAUUCAUCUUCGCCGAGGAGAGAUUUUCACUAUUCUAAAUGAUUUGUAUAAAACUUUUCCCGAAUCUUCAUGUGCCAGUUUUUUCGCUUUGAUGGCCUUUCGAACACGAGAACGAUUAAAAACCGUUGAAUCAGUUUUAGAAGAGGAAUUGCGAGAAAGCUAUUUAUCUAAACAAGGAAUCAAUUUACUUUGUCUUCAAUCACUAAUCCGUUAUGCUAUGAUUAGUGAAGAGAUUUGUUCAUUCAUGGUUGACAAAGGAUUAAUGUCUUGUUUACUUAAUCUACGAGAUAAAUUUAUCGAUGAUUUUGAGAUUAAUGCCACAAUAGUUAAACUAUUGGCCCAAUUAAGUGAACAUCAAUUUAGUCAAUAUCAUUUCUAUUCAACUGGUUGGAUUGGGAUUCUUGCAGGAUGGUUAAGAUCUGAUGUUCCCAUUGAAUUACGUUUACCUGCAGCUAAAAUCCUUCACAAUUUAGAUAAUAAGGAAACUAUUUUAGGUAAUCAUCUUUACCUUUUACAUCCUAUUUAUAUUGGCGAAACCUUUGAUUACGAUGUGGUCUUUAUUCACGGCCUAAUGGGAGGCGUUUAUCGAACCUGGAGACAAUAUACCGGAAGUUUAACGGAAGGAAAUCAGGUGACUCGAUGUUGGCCUCAAGAUUGGCUUCCUCAAGAUGUGCCCAAUUUAAGGAUAAUCGCUGUUGAUUAUUAUUCAUCUCUAUUUGAAAGGAAAUCAACUUGUAUUCCUGAAGCGAGAUCAUUAGAGGAAAGAGCUGAUUUGUUAAUCAAUGAAUUGAUAAAAGCAGGUUUAGGUCAAAGACCAAUCAUUUUCAUCGGCCACUCAAUGGGAGGCCUUUUAAUUAAACAAAUUCUUGUUAAUUGUGAUAAAAAAGAUAAUCCUGAUCGUCGUUUGUUACUCGAUAAUGUCAAAGGAUUGGUUUUCUAUUCGGUUCCUCAUAGAGGAUCAGAGGCAACUAAAUUAUCUCUUAAUUUACAAAGGAUUUUCGUUCCAUCUCAAGAAAUACGAGAAUUAAUCAAAGAUUCACCAAAAUUGCUCAAUCUUCAUGAAUCUUUCAUUUCAUUAUUGGCAAUCAAACCAAUAGAUUUAAUCAGUUUCGGUGAGAAGGAACAAGUUCAAGUUAAUAUCAAAGGCGUUAAAAUCAAUACUCUUCUAGUUCCAACUGAAUCAUCUUACUUGGAUAUCGGACAAUUUCAUGUUCUUGAUACAAAUCAUUUUCUCACUUGUAAACCAUCCGAUAAAUCAUCACCAUCCUAUUCAAUUGUUAAAGAUUUCAUCCAAUCAAUAAUUGAUAAAACAUCAACACCACCAAAAAGCAUCAACACUUCAAACAACCUCAACAUUUAACUUUACCAAUGUAAUAAAAUUAACUCAAAGACUAUUUUUAAAAACAAUAUUUAAACAUGAACAUGAAUAAAAAAAUAAAA